CAAAAACAUAAUCAACAACUUCAUUUAAUAUUUUUGGGAAGAUAAAGAAAUUACAAGAGUAAACAAAAUUUUCAGUAGAUCAUAUACAAGUCAAAAUGAAUGAUGUCCACUGCUAAAGUUCUGGGUGAUUAAAAAAAUACAUACAAACAAAUGUUUCCUAAAAGAAAGAAAGGAGUUACUUAAAUGCACAAGAUGACUGACAAACAUAAUAGUUUGCUGCCAAGGCACUCGGAGAUGGAUGCUUUGGCUCAAAGAGGGUACAUUAUGGGUGCUAAAAUAGGACAAGGCUCGUACGCAACGGUGCAUUUAGCAAACUAUCAAGACCCUAGAACAGACAAGCAGCAACAAUUAGCUUGCAAAAUAUUUGACAAAGAUAGAGCACCUCAAGACUUUUUGGACAAAUUCUUCCCCAGAGAACUGGAUAUCCUAACUAAACUAGAAAACCAAUAUAUAAUUCAAGUUCACAGCAUUCUCCAAAGAGGUCCAAGAAUAUUUAUUUUCAUGAGAUAUGCAGAAAACGGAGAUUUGCUGGGGUUUGUCAAGAGACAUGGGAUAGUAGCAGAACAGAAUGCGAAGGAAUGGUUCCGACAAAUGGCAAGCGGAAUACAAUAUCUUCACAGCAAGCAGAUAGCUCACAGAGAUUUGAAGUGUGAAAACAUUCUUCUCACCAGGAGGUACAAUGUUAAACUGACCGAUUUUGGAUUUGCCAGAUAUUGUGUGGACAUGAAUGGACUAAAAGUACUUAGUCAGACUUACUGUGGAUCUGCGGCUUAUGCUGCACCUGAGGUUGUGUGUGGAACUCCCUACAACCCUAAAAUGGCUGACAUUUGGUCUUUAGGAAUCAUUCUUUUUAUUAUGUUGAAUGCGUCUAUGCCUUUCAAUGAUGAUGACUUGAAGGCACUACUUAGAGAACAAGUAGCAAAGAAGUAUGCGUUUCGAACUAAAGUGAAAGAUAUUCUUACAUCAAAUGCCAUAUCAAUGGUAGAUGGGAUAUUGGAACCGGAUCUGGCUCAAAGAUUCUCUUUAGACACAAUUUUGUCUCAUUCUUGGCUGAAAUCUUCCUCUCACCAAUCAAGAAAUUCUUCUAUCUCUUCAUGGCAACCAGUCUCCAAAGCCAAGAACUCAGACAGGCACAUGUCUCCUAGUCGAAGACCAACAUCUAAAAAAACUCACUGUCGCUUAGACAGUGACAAAAUAUAAACUAACAAUAAACAAUUCUACCCAUUUAAGUAAUUUA